AUGGUCUACAGCUUGUUCUGCACGGGCUCAAAUUCGCACGGCCAGCUCGCACUCGCCCACGGCGACGACAGCCAUCACUUCGCUCGUCUCCCCACCUCUAACCCAGGACAGCGGUUCUCGCAGGUCGCGUGCGGCGCGAACCACACACUCGCGAUCGCGUACUCGUUGAAUGGAAGGCGGCGACUCUUGGCGGCCGGCAGCAACGCACGCGGGCAACUUGGACCGUCUCGCCCGGCAGAUUCGCCGACACUCUCGUUCGUACCGCUCGAGGCAGCGGACCUUGCAUGCUCGGCUGGCUUGCAGGACAUUCAGUAUGACAUCGAGCUCGUCGCGGCAUGCUGGGAGACAAGCUUUGUCGUCUUGCGACCUCGCGGAGGAACCGGCUCGGACGUCCUUAUCUCGUUCGGCGCGAACGACUGGGGCGAGCGAGGCUGCGCAUGUCCGUCGCGUGUCGAGCCAUCAGUCGUUGACCUGACAGCGGCUGCUGCGCGCUCGGAAAAGGGCAAGGAGACGGAGCCGAGGAUUCGGGUCCUCCGACUCGAGGCAGGCCCUCGACAUGUCGUCGCGCUAUGUGAGACGACCUCACCCGGAACCGAGGCCGUCGAAGAUCAUCUCCUAGGAUGGGGCGCUUCCCGCCACGGCCAGCUCGGCAUCGCACCCUCCGCAACUUCGCUCCCGAAGAUCACGCCUAUCCCUCGACGGAUCCCUCUCCCUUCGCCCUUUUCAGCUUCCGACAUUGUCGACAUCGCGUUCGGUCGAGACCACACGGCCGUCCUUCUCGAGCGCUCGCCCGGACAUCAGCAACCGUCGGACGCUGCGGGAGCGCGGACUGUCCUGCUUCUUGGGGCCAACAAGCAUGGACAACUUGGACCGGCGAACGUGACUGCUGCAAGCGAAGUUGCCGGCCCUGCCAGUUCAGCAGCUCGAACGCAUCGCCAAUCGCCAUCGCAGAACCUCCUCACUCUGUCCGCCUUCCAGCACGUCCUCCCGGACUGCAGUCCUUACGACAUCGACGCCGUCGGGUGCACAUGGAACAGCACCUUCUUCGUCGUCUCGCCUCGAGUGCAUGAGCUAUCCGCUCCUUCCACGACGACCGCAGAGCCAGCUCAGCCUCUCAUCGUUGCCUUCGGCCUGAACUCGCACGGCCAACUCGCCUCUCGCAGCGACGUUUCGCCUAACGCAACCGACUUGAUUUCUCCAGGCCACCAAUCCGUUCCCUCCAGCACUCGUCUGAUCCGCCUUCCCCCUCCUCCUCCUUCGUCAACUCGCUUCAAAGUUCAGCUCGCCUGCGGUAGCGAGCACGUCCUCGCCCUCGUGCGACCAGCCUACUCAGUCGGCAUCAACAGCAAGGACGGAGGCGCGACGGACGCUGCGGUAUACGGAUGGGGCUGGAACGAGCACGGGAACCUCGGGUCGUCGGGUCAGUUGGAACUCGGGGACUUGGCGGACGUGUGGGAGCCGCGCAGGCUCUGGCCGAGCAAGGAGGGCGAGGAAGCGGGCGAGGUUGUGGACGUUUGGGCGGGAAACGCGACGAGCUGGAUCCAGAUCGACGCGGAAUCGUAA